UUGAUGCUCGAAGGCCUUGCGGUAUUUAUCGCCAAUGGCAACGGCCACCUGGGGACAAUCUGCGACGUAGCCACUUAUUCCAUCUUUCUCUUUCAUCUUCGACCCAAUCCUCACCGCUAGCUACCGAAGCCUCUACACAGUACAACUACCUACUCGCAUUCAAAUCACCAUGGCAGCCCCUGCAAACAAGACGCUCAAUGACCUCAAUGGCGCCUGGGUCAUGAACAAGACGCUCUCGGGCGACAGCGACGCCGUCCUAGCACUGCAAGGUGUCGGCUGGUUGACACGCACAGCAAUUGGCCUGGCGACCAUCACGUUGCACCUGAAGCAAUACAAGGACGACGCGGGCACCGAGCGCAUCGACAUCGACCAGACACUGACGGGCGGCAUCCGCGGCACGCGUGAGGAGCGCGCCCUCAACUGGCAGUGGCGCGAGCACAGCGACCAGAUCUUCGGCCACGUGCGCGGCCGCUCUCGCCGCGUCGCCAUUGGCGCUCUGUCCGGCGAGGAGAAGAACGCCAUCACCGACGAGGACAUCGCUUUCAUGCGCGAUGGCUGGAGCGAGGACAUUGUGCAGGGCGGCGAGCUGAUCGAGACAUACGUCACGAGCCUUGACAAUGGAUGGACGGCCUGGCAGACGUGGGGUUUCGAGGUCGUCGAGGGACAGCGGAGGCACGCGAGACACGUCGUUGUGAAGGACAAGGACGUGCAGAAGGUGCUGAGGAUCAAGCUGAUUUACGACUGGGUGGAACACCAGUAGAAGACUUGCCGCUGGAAACAUCAUUAGGACGAGCACGUGCCAGUUGUUUGCGGCACUGGCGACUUAAUCCGGAGGACACUGGGAAUGGCAUUACACGAUACCUAGACGAAACGACAACUACACAUACCUAAUAUAUUCGAUUACAAAGG